AUGGAUGCUCAUCAAAUCUUGGAAGAAUUCGCCGACUGUAUGAAAGAUCAGGAAGCGAUUGAGAGUACGUUUGAUAAAUUAGUGAAAGAGAAACGAGCGGACCUGUAUAGGAGUGAAACGGAUUUGAAGAAGAAAACGGAUAAGCAAAAGAAGAGAAUCAAGUCGUGUUUGGCCAUGUUGAAUGCGUUGGAACAAUCUCAUGCCUCAUCCUCUUCCUCAUCGGAUAAUGGUGCGAUUGAUGAUCAUGAGAAUUUCAGACAAUUGGCUGAGAAGAAGGCUCAACUCAAACACAGUGCAAAGAAACUCGAGAUGAUCGGUAAACAAACAUUGAACACGGGUGGAUUCUUUGUUGAGCAAUUUCUCGGAAAGGAAUAUAGUGUUGUGUUAGUGGGUGAUGAUUCAAGAAAAUUUAAUUUCAAAAAGGAGUAUGAGACUUUCAAGUACAAGUGUACGGUACUGAAUAUUCCGAUCACGUUAUUGUUGGCCUUCUUCUUUCAUUCCCGAGUAUUGGACACUUUUUAUCAUUUGUAUUUGACAUACUUUUAUUUGACAUUGGCUAUCAGAGAGAAUAUCUUGGCAGUGAAUGGAUCGAACAUCAAGGCAUGGUGGAUUAGACAUCACUAUUUGAGUAUUGUGUUGGUCAUUACGUUGUUGACUUGGCCAGAAACUGUUCUCUAUCAAGCAUUUAGGCCUUAUUUUUUACUUUAUGCCCUUUAUGCUUCCAUUGUGCAGGUUUUACAGUACAAGUAUCAGAAAGAUCGUCUCUAUGUCAGAACAGCAAUUGGAAAGUCAAGUAUGAUGGACGUUGCAAACUCUGAUAGCUCUCAAGUCGUUGUUGAAACUUCCCUCGCGCUAUUCUUCCUAUUGCCAUUCAUUUUCUUGGGCCAAUUAUUCCAAUUUUACAAUGCAUACCUAUUGUUAGACAUGGGAUAUUUCAGCGCUCCAAACUGGAGAGAUGUUGAAUGGCAAGUUUUUGCAAACGCAGCUCUAUUCCUCAUCUUGGCUGCUGGAAACUUGGUCACCACCAUUGAAGUUCUCAUGAAGAAAUGGAAGAGAAUUAAGAAGAAAGAGUUGAAGCAGCAAUAA